GGGGAUACGGCGCUCCGCUUCCGCGAGGUUCGCUUCGGCAUGGGUCCCUUCGUGGCCUUGGCCCUGGUGGCGCUGCUGUGUCUGCCCAGCCUGGAUGCCGUGCAGUAUGCUCCAAAGGUUCAGGUGUAUACUCGUCAUCCAGCAGAGGACGGAAAACCAAAUUUCUUGAACUGCUUCGUGUCCGGGUUUCAUCCAUCCCAGAUUACGAUCGAUCUGUAUAAGAAUGGACAGAAGAUCGCAAACACGGAGAGCUCAGAUUUGUCUUUCAGCAAAGAUUGGUCUUUCCAACUCCUGGUCCACACGGAAUUUACCCCUAAUGGAAAGGAUGAGUACUCCUGCCGUGUGGAGCAUGUUACUCUUAAGGAGCCCAAGAUAGUUAAGUGGGAUCCAAACAACUGACCAGCAUCAUGGAGGAUUUGAAGAUGCUUCAUUUGGAUUGGACUAAUUCUAAAUUUUAUUUUUUUAAAAAUACUGAUUUGCUUUUACAUUUCAUGCAUAUAAUUAAGGAGAUUAUAUUAUUGUUAACACUGACAUCAUCUUUCUUUAGAAUUCUAUUUUGGGAGCUCCAUCCGCAGGUCCGGGGUGUCUGGGAAGGUAGUGCUUGGAUGACCGGCUGCUUAGGAUGUGAAGGAGAAAAUUCUCAAGUUCAACAUCAACCUCUUGGUCAAAUCUCGACUCUUCACUCUAUUCUGCACACAAAGCUAAAUAAUAAGACAUUUGUGCAUGUUGAGAAUUAAACUCAGGUUUGCAUGCUUUGCUCAGAAAUGUAGAAGAAUUGGCAGGAAUAUUAGAAUUUUGUAAUCAUGGAUAAAGCAUUUAUCACAUAAAAUUCAUUUUUCUACAAC